UCUGACUAGUUAUAAAUUUCCAUUAAAUCCUUCCGAAUUCAUUUUCAGGUCUGAUGACGGUAUGAAUGUUUUUCACUGGGUGAGUUCAGGGAGACCAUUCUGCGCAGACUCUGUUCACAAUCUGACCAAUUUAGCCAACGAUCUUCUUAUACUCAUCUCCGUGAACGCACCCACUGUCUCGACCAUUUACGUAAUCACGUUGUACGUGUUCCGACUGAGGCUCCGGAAGUGCAAAGAAUUGAAGGGAAGGGGUGUCACUGUAGUGUAACUGCAGUCUGGCGGGAAUUUAUGCAGCUGCUUAUGUUACAGUUUGUUGUUACACUGGCGUGGGAGCAUCUUAUUUGGAAAUUACAGAAUUAAACCUUUUUGUACAUAAGACCAAGACAGAACAGCAGAGAGGGUGAAGCAUGCAAGCGUUUUUGAAGGGAACAAGCACCAGCACCAAACCCCAGAAAGACAAAGCCACCGCUGGAGCGAGUGGAGAAAACAAGAAGCAAAAACCAGUGCCAUGGGUUGAAAAAUAUCGACCAAAAUGUGUUGAUGAAGUGGCUUUCCAGGAAGAGGUGGUUGCAGUACUGAAGCGGUCACUAGAGGGAGCUGAUCUUCCCAAUCUCCUGUUCUAUGGCCCUCCAGGUACUGGAAAGACCUCCACAAUUUUAGCAGCGUCCCGAGAGCUGUACGGACCGGAACUGUUUCGACAGAGGGUCCUCGAGUUAAAUGCUUCAGAUGAACGUGGCAUCCAGGUGGUGCGAAAGAAAAUAAAAACUUUUGCACAGUUAACAGUUGCUGGGAGUCGUUCAGACGGUAAACCGUGCCCUCCGUUUAAAAUCAUCAUCCUGGACGAAGCUGACUCCAUGACCAAUGCUGCCCAGGCUGCUCUUAGACGCACCAUGGAGAAGGAGUCUAAAACAACACGCUUCUGCCUCAUCUGUAACUACGUGAGCAGGAUAAUUGAGCCUUUAACAUCUCGAUGCUCCAAGUUCCGCUUUAAACCUUUAGCAGAUGAAAUACAAGAAAAAAGAGUACUGGAGAUUUGUGAAAAGGAAGAUGUGAAAUACACGAAAGAGGGAAUUACAGCCCUGGUUAAAGUGUCUGAAGGGGACCUCCGAAAGGCUAUCACCUACCUACAAAGUGCAGCCCGACUCACAGGGGGCAAAGAAAUAACUGAGCAAGUUAUUACUGAAAUAGCAGGGGUUGUUUCCAAUGAGAUGAUUGACACCCUCAUACAAGCAUGCUACAGCAGCUCAUUUGAAAAACUUGAAGUUGUUGUCAGUAACAUGAUAAAUGAGGGGUUUGCUGCUACACAAAUUGUCAGUCAGCUCCAUGACACUGUAAUUGAGAAAGAGGACCUUAAUGACAAGCAGAAGUCAGCAAUCACAGAAAAACUGGCGGAAGUAGAUAAAUGCUUGAUGGAUGGAGCAGAUGAAUACUUGCAGAUGAUUGGCCUUUGUUCUGUCCUUAUGCAGCAAUUCACACAGAACUGACUUGUUUUUUGUAUUUGCAACUCCUCUAUUUGUUUAAAGGUUGAUAUUGGUGUACUCCAUAAAAUGGAGAAUAAUCACCUCCCACUCAGUGAGUGGUUUAAAAAUGAAUGCGUUUGUUUAGAAGUAUCACUUUCAAUCUCUAUGUUGAGUCCAUUAUUAAAAUGUAUGAUUAAGGAGACAUGACCAUCUCUUAAUGCUGCUUUGAAAUUAUUUUCAGAGCUAAAAAGCAGUUAAUACUAUCCUGUCCUGCUGAUUUGUACACUGCAUUACCAAACUGUAUUUGGUAUAGCACAAUGGAUAAUGCUAAAUCAUAGAUAAACAAUAGAUCCCUGGGGCAAUAAUCUAUGAGAAACUAAAAUGUCACUGCAAUUGGUGACAGGUGCUUCCAUUACAUAGAAAAUUUAAGGUUGGCAUUUGCAAAGUUGAGAAAUACAGACAAAAGGGAGUGGAUUUAUACAAGAUAAGCUCCCCUGAUGAUGCUGCAUAAUCAGGAUAAAUUGAAACUGACACA